UAGGCCUUCAGCGUUCUACACCUUGACCUUAGAACAGGCAGCUCAAAGAGGAAAGAGGCAGACAAUCUCAGCAGCUGUGGCACAGAAGCUGACCUCUUUGGAAAUGUCACCUGGGCUCUUCUCAGCUGGUUUCCAUUUGGGUUUGAACAAUGGAAGCAUCCACAGGAGAUUGGAGGCAGGAGGAAAGAGAGGUAAUUUCAGAAAAAUGAGGAUACUUAGUAGUGCUAUACUCAUGGCCUACUGUUAUUUGUUGAAAGCAUUCACUAUCUCAGCUCCUCAGGACCUGUAUGUGGUAGAGUAUGGCAGCAACGUGACAAUGGAAUGCAAAUUCCCGGUAGCAAAAGAGUUAAACCUGUAUGCAUUAGUUGUCUACUGGGAAAUGGAGGAUAAGAAAGUUAUCCAAUUUAUAAAUGGGGAGGAAGACUUGAAGGUUCAACACAGUAGCUACAGCCAGAGGGCCCAGCUGUUGAAAGACCAGCUCUUUUUGGGAAAGGCUGCACUUCAGAUCACAGAUGUGAAACUACAGGAUGCAGGGGUUUACUACUGCUUGAUCAGCUAUGGAGGCGCCGACUACAAGCGGAUUACUCUGAAAGUCAAUGCCCCAUACCGCAAAAUCAACCAAAGAAUUUCUGUGGAUGAAGUCACGUCUGAACAUGAGCUAACAUGUCAGGCUGAGGGUUACCCCAAGGCUGAAGUCACCUGGACAAACAGUGACCACCAAGUCCUGAAUGGCAAAACCACUAUCACCAGUUCCAACAGGGAGGAGAAACUUUUCAAUGUGACCAGCACGCUCAAAAUCAACACAACAGCUAAUGAGGUUUUCUACUGCACUUUUCGGAGAUCAGGUUUUGAAGACAACAGUACAGCUGAGUUGGUCAUCCCAGAACAAGGUAGAGUUCCAGGAAGGACUCACUUGGUAAUUCUGGGAACUGUCCUUGUGCUACUUAUAGCCCUGACGGUCAUCUUCUGUCUACGAAGAGAUGUGAGAAUGAUGGAUGUGGAAAAGUAUGGCACUGGAUACGUGAACUCAAAGAAACAAAAUGAUACACAAUUUGAGGAGACGUAAUCCAGCAUUGAAUCUUCUGAUCUUAAAGCAGGGCUGCUCGGCCUGUGGUUCGGGUUUGCCGGAUGGAGGAUGACCAGAGCACGCAAUGGGCCGGUGGGCUGCAGACAAUGUAGGACUUAAAAGAAAGAUAGAGUUAGAAAAUAUAGCCUGGAAGGAAACCUUGAUACCUCAAAAUGACUGGGAGACUCAUCAGUACAUAUGAAAGGGAGAAAGGACACUUCUGAAUGAUGUUCUCCAUGCAAAUUGUCCGUCGCUCAUCCUAGGAAAACAAGUUGAGAUUCCCUGAUUUAAUGGUCAAUUCCUGCAGAGGUGCCCUUUGCCUUCACACAACGUCUUGAAUGAUCUUCUGUGCAAGUGAGAGUCCCAGUGUUGUAACAGUAUUUGAAUACGAGUCAUUUCUAUUUAUUUUGCAUCUUUGGGGUCUUGUCAUGUGCGUCUUUGGGGUCUUGUCAUGUGAGUGUGGUUAUGAAUGAUUUAUUUUGAAGAUAUAUUGUAGCAUAAGUUAAAAUUGUGUCACCAAACUAAACACACCACUUGUAUAUGUCCAGUAGAAUGUAUAGUAUUUGUAAGGUGCUUUGUAAUUAUUGGUGUACGAGAAGCAUAUAGAACGAACCAUUGGUUUGUAUAGGAUAUUACCCUAGUUAACUCAUUGAUACUUCAGAUGACUUGAAUAAUCUUACUAUGAGACCUCAAAUGUUUCAAUAAUCUUAUUCUUAGACCUUGAGGUAAGGUACAUUACCACAGUAUCUGUUGCAUUUAAAUAUCAGCUUUACAACGAUGUGGUAUCCUACAGGCAUAAUUUUAUUUAAUCUCUGUUACAAAUGUGUUGUGGAAAACUCAAUUUUUACCCAUUUCACAGCUGAGGGGUUGAUAAGUAGCAAACCUCAGAUUUUUGGGACUGUCACCACUGUCCUUUUAGAAUACAAUCUGCAGCUGUGUUUUACUCUAAGAAAUUCAUUAAAAAAAAAAGAAGUUAAUUCAUCCAGAAAACAUUUAGGAAAUGCCAUUGUAUGUCCAUUACUGUGCCAAGCAGUGAGUCCACAGAUGUGAACAAGAUAAAGUACCUCCCCUAAAGGAGCUCCUAGCAUAAUGGGGAGGUUGACAAGAGAAUUUAUUAUUACACUUCUGUGCAGUGUCACAGCAUAAGGUGUUAAGGGAGAAUGAGAGUGUGAGGAAUAAGGUCUAGACAUGCUGCCAAAACAAGUGAGGUCACUCUGGGUGGCCAGUCUACCCAAUAUGCUCCUGGACAAUUGAAAAUAUUUUAACAAGGCAAUUUUAGUUUAUGAGAUGUCAAUAUUUUUAGGUUUUUAAGAUGUCAAUAUUUUUAAAAACUGUAGAAAAUAACUCUCGAAUUAAUUUUCCCUCAUUAUAUUUACCCCUGAUUUAUUUGCCUUUGCCAUACAAACUGAUGCCUCUUUAUAUACAUAGUGUCUGGUAUUAUUUAGCAGUUCUUUUUUUAUUUUAAUGCAUUUGAAUUUUGAGUUUAUACCUUUCCAUGAUUCAAAAUUCAGAAAGUCCAUUAGGAGACAAUGAAACGUCUCCAUUCUAUCCUGGUGGUCAUCAGUUUCCCUUUCUAGAAGUAACCGCUCUUGCCUUUUGUUUACUUUUCUUCUGAAAAUAUUCUAUGAGCAUAUGUGGAAAUAUUUAUAUAUACACAGUAUAUAUUUUUAUGUUUUACCCUUUUUCACAUAAGUGGUAACACAUUAUGUGUCUGCUGUGCACCUUGCUGUUUUUAUUUAUAUAUUAUUUCUUAUAUAGCACCCAGAACAAUUCUGAAGUUCCCAGAGGUCAUGCAUUAUGAUUUGUUAGUUUCUAGGCCAUCUUUUCUAUAGCCUCUUAGUAUCUUUCAUAAGACUUAGUGCAUGCUGUAUAUCAACAUGUAGACAACCAGCAUUCAUUGAGUACCUGCUUUAUGACUGAGUUUGGAUUUGGUUCAUUUUGUCUUUCUCAAAAUGGGUCAUGGGUUCUUUAGGGUACACUGGGUCCACUUAGACCUGAAGGGUAAUUUUAUUACUUGUCCUGUAUGAUGGAAUUAUGCCUGGAACUUGUUUAUUUACUUUUUUUUUCUGUUUUCUUGAGUAGAAACUUGACUUUGAUGUUGCACUUAUAAAAUUGCACAUUCUUUUUGGAAAUUCCAGUAGACUAUUUGACCCUAGACCCUCAUCUGUGCCAGGGAAGGCCCAUAGGCUGGGCUUAAACCCUUGAGUCCUGCCAGUUCUCAUCACUACACAGGCCUCUUAAGAGUAACCUUCCGACGGUAUUGCGGAUGCCCUCUCAGGAGCUCCCAGAAUAUUCCUUCACUCUUAACCAUUUAUGUGGAUUGAUGAUAAGGAAAACCUUCUUUGCUUUUUAAUGUGUGAAAGCUGAAGACAGAAUCUCCAACAGAAUGUCUUCUAUUAUUUACCGCAUGUUUAUUUGUACAAUAUCUCUUGUUGGUAUGAAGUACAAGCAAGGAUCCCGGCUGAGCAAGACGUGCAGCCAUUCAGCUUAUUCCUGAGUAUUAAUGGCAUCUCAUGAUGUUGGAUUCAUAAAGCACUUUAUCCCUUUGUCUUGUGUUUCAUUGUAAAUGGUAUAGGCAGAAAUGAUAGCUAAUUCUGCAUUUGAUUGUCACUGUAUACACUUUAUUAAC